AUGUGCGUGUCAGAGAAAGAGAGAGAGAGAGAGAGAGAGGGAGGGAGAGAGAGCCAGUUGAAGAGAUGGCAGAGGAAGAGGCGACUGUCAGAGAGGAAUGAGAAGUCUUCGGGGAUGGCGGACAAACCUCUGACGCUGUUUGUGAAGCUGUUUGCCGCUGGAUUUUACGGCGUGAGCUCGUUUUUCAUCGUCGUGGUGAACAAAAGUGUCCUCACCAACUACAGGUUCCCUUCUUCAAUAUGUGUCGGAAUAGGACAAAUGUUUGCCACAGUGGUUGUGCUGUGGGUGGGCAAGGCUUCGAGGGUGAUCACCUUCCCUGAUUGUGAUGAGAGCAUACCUCGCAAGACGUUUCCUCUACCUCUCCUUUAUGUGGGAAAUCAAAUCACUGGUCUGUUUGGUACCAAAAGGCUGAAUCUGCCGAUGUUUACUGUCCUCAGAAGGUUCUCCAUACUGUUCACAAUGAUGGCAGAGGGAAUGCUGCUCAAGAAGAAAUUCUCCAGGCCAGUCCAGCUGACAGUAUUUACAAUGAUCCUCGGGGCAUUCAUAGCCGCAAGUGCCGACUUGUCCUUUGACAUGCAAGGCUACGUUUUCAUUCUCAUGAACGACGUGCUGACUGCAGCCAACGGUGCCUAUGUCAAACAAAAAUUAGAUGCAAAGGAGCUGGGGAAGUAUGGAUUGCUGUAUUAUAAUGCAUUAUUUAUGAUCAUUCCUACUAUAAUCUUGGCUCAUUUGACUGGAGAUAUUCAGAAGGCGGUGGAAUAUGAUGGUUGGUCAGAUAUGUUCUUCCUCGCCCUGUUCAUCAUGUCUUGCAUCAUGGGGUUCGUUCUGAUGUAUUCCACUGUGCUGUGUACACAAUACAACUCUGCAUUAACAACUACCAUCGUGGGGUGCAUUAAGAAUGUCCUGGUGACAUACAUCGGGAUGGUGUUCAGCGGAGACUACAUCUUCUCUUGGACAAACUUCAUUGGUUUGAAUAUCAGUAUUGCGGGCAGCCUGGUGUACUCCUACAUCACUCUCACAGAGGAGCAGUCGAACAAAGCAAGUGAAAACACCAAGCUGGACAUCAAGGGCAAGGUGGUCGUAUGACAAAGACACUGGAUCUUAUAGUAUUUUCUGCUGAUCAACGAAAUAAAAGCUCUAUUUUUUAGUAUGACUUUUAUUUAUGGAGUAUUUUAGCAGGAAAGUCUUUGAACGGUGUUGGGGUUAACUUCUUUCUGUCUGUAUGGAAAUGGAGCCUCGCCAUCACCGUGACUGUCAGUUGGUUUUUAAACGGUGUUUUCUUUUUAAAUAUUUGUAUUUUGAUACUGUACAUGUGAGCAUUGAGAAUAAGGGAAACAUAUUUAUUAUAUUAGAACAUUUCCUCACACUUAACAAACUUAGCGUUAAACGUUGUGAUGUUUCCUGAAUGCAGGAACAGCUGGAACUAUCGGUUACUUAAAGCAUGGUUGUGUACUGAUUGAAUCAUGGGACUUUUAAAUGAUGGUUAUUUUAAAGGCACAAUCCUUAUCUUGUAUUGCCUUCUCUGUUUUGCUGUUUACAAGGAAUGUAACUUUAGAUGCCUUCUAAGCACAGUGAGAUGCACUGACACUGUCAUUAUCUAUUGUUUCAGUAUUUAGUACAUUCCUUUUAGCACAUACACUGUUCUAAGCUUGUUACAGACAAACGGUAAUGACAGUGAUCUAACCUCAUCCUUCAAACAACCAAAGUGGAUUAGCAGUGGGCUGUUGGUUCCCAUUAAGGAUUGUGGCUUUAAAUAAAUGUUGCCGUCUCCUUUUGGGAGAUAUUUUAUAAUUAUCGUUUACAUUUUUCUCCCUCAGUAUUACCGAAUGUUAGUUGUGGACUCUCCAUGGCUGUAACUGGUUCUCUGUAUGCAGAAUUAACAAACAAUUGUUAAUAGUUUGUUAUUUGUACAAGGGGAUCCAUAUGUUUUGUUUUUUCUUGACACAAUGUUAUCGCACUUUGAACUGAGGUAGCACCUGCAAAGGGGUGAAACUGAGUUGCCUCACCUCCUGUUACAUCCAUUAUUGAGAUUGAGAUUAUUGUAUUCUUCCGAAAUGUACAUUUCAGGUUUAAAAGUAUUACAAGAGAUAAGUGUUUUUCUAAACCUUUUAAUAGUCAGGUACGAGCGUCUAUCUUUUUUUUUUAAACCUUUUUUAUCUACACCAUUUUGUAUUUAUUACUUUUUUUUUAGACUAAUAUUCAUUUUGUAAGUGGAGUGGCUUUUGAAUUGGUGAUGCUGUUAUCAUCUCAAACACGGUAACCAUGGAUUUGUAGCUGAAACACAAUGAUGUAUUUUUACAUUAAAAAAACUCUGACUUGA